GGCAUUAUGGCGAUGAACUCUCUCAGCAUUUAUGUUUUGCGUGGACUUAUAGUUUUUUAAAAUUAUUCUGACAAAUUUUGAAAUAUUAUCCACAUUAAUGUGAAUAUUUUCCCCAAUGUACGUUUGUUCACUUUGGAAAUGUGUGAUAUUUGUUCAGACGUCAUCGAAUUGCUUCAAAGAUAUGAAAAUGAAAUCAAGAAGGGUGAACUUCGUUAUUUAUACCGACAGGAAAUGAACACAUUGUGUGCAUAUGUCCAAUCAUGGAUGCAGAGGCAAUGCACAUGUUGUUUUAAAGAUCCAAAAAAUUUUGACAGAUUCAAUGCACUUGUACAAGGUUUGGCUUUAAGUAUAAUAGAAAUUUUACAACAGGUUGCUAAGGACAUUAAAUUACGAAAAUAUGAUCAACUUUCCUUAGCAGAUUCUGCUAAAAAUAAUGAUCUUAGGAAAAGCACUUCAGAUAAUGAAAGUAAAGAAAAUGAGCUCAAAGAAAAAGACAAAGUUGUUAAUAAUAAUUCUUCGGAAGAAACGGAAAAAGACUCUGUUGAAUUAAAACUGAACCAUACUGCAAAAAAAGAAUCCUCAGAAGAUUGGAGUUCAUGGAGCUUGGAGGAUAAAGAGAAAAUACUCAGCUUUUUUUCUAAAGUAUUUCUUCUUAAUUUCCCCUUGUAUAUGGCAUUCAAACAUAGCAUGCAAUCAAAGUUGGAUGUAAAUGAUAUGGAUAUACCUGUCUAUUUACUUAGGAAUGUGUGCUUUUUUUGUGAUAAAGGAGGGCUGAAAUUGUUCAUCGCUUGCUUUCAGGAUGCUGAUCCGGAAAAUCUACCAAUUAGUCUAGCUCAUGCAUUGAUAAGUGUUAUAUCAAAUCUAAAACUAUGGAUAAAUAUUGGUUCUAUUAUGCAGCAACUAAUCCCUCUUAGGUCGUGCAUGAUAAGGUAUCUCUGUCAAGUCAAAGAUAGUCAUUUGAGAGCAGUGGGAAAUCGCAAUAUGUUUGAAUUUAUGUGGACGGCAGUGAAAGAUCCACUUGAUGCUCAUGCAACAUUUGAUAAGGAAGGCCUGGAUUUAGCAUUUAAAUAUUUCAGCAGUACAACACUUACCAUGCGAUUAGCUGGAAUAUCACAAAUUAAUAGCCAUAUCAAUAUGUAUAAUGAACUUUGCCAUAAUGAAAGCUUAGUGGAAGCAGAGAGUGUUGGUAAUGCCUUAGCUAAUUGGUUAAUAGAAAAUAAAAUUAUUGAAUGCAUCUUUGGUCCAAAUUUACAUGUUGAGCUAAUUAAGCAGAGUCAUAUUAUUUUGAACUUUCUUGCAAUGGAAGGUCGGAUAACAAAUGACCAUAUUGAUGCUGUAUGGUCUGCUGCUCAGUUAAAACACUGUAGCCGUCAAGUUUUAGAUUUAUUGCCACCUCUAAUAAAGAAUUUAGAAGUAGCACCUGUUCUUCACCUGUAUAAAUUAUUGUGCAAUGUUGAAACAAAAGAACAGACUGAACAG